AAAUCUCCGACUGUAUUCGUCUGGAUGGCUUGAGGGUGAGUAAAUGAUCAGGUAAUUUUCAUUUUUUGGUGAACUAUCCGUUUAAUAGAAGUAUGAGGGGUAACAAAUAUUCUAAAACAACUCUCCUCUUUUACAGACUUUCACAUCUAAGUUGUUUUCUCUGCUGUUCAAACCCGCUGUGUAAAUGUGACCAGUCAGCUCCACACACUGUCAAGGGGUCAAAGGUCAGUCCUGAAGGCAUCAUUUGUUAGAACACAUGGCAUUCCUGUGCUUAAAUUAGCUUGUGCACUUUCAUUGGGGCGAAACCUGUCGAAACAACUGUUCCCAAGGCCCAGAACAAAGACGCGUGGAGAAAGUCCGAAGCAGUUCAUUUGAGAGCGGACAGAGACGCGAGCGCACCGCCAGUUAACAGAAGCUGCUGAAAGCAUAAACACCUCAGAUGUUUUUGCAUUUAAUUGAAGCCAAGAAUCUUUCCUGGACAACAUCUGAAGACCAUCUUCAAUUUUGGAAUGUUUCGCUUGAAGGGAAGAUUCCGAAACAUGCCGAUCUGCUACUUAUAAAUAUUUACGCUACAUUCAAAAGCAUGCCAGCCGUUUUCCUCUUGCUGCGCUCUCUGGUUGUCAGUCUCCUCAGUAGCAGAUUAGCAGCCUCUGCCGCGCAGCUCCUUCGCAGAAGCCUCACGGCGGCUGCUCGCCACCUCGGCACCGUGCUGCGCCACGUCUGGGAGCGGAUCAGUUCCCAGGAGUCCAAGGAGGCCAUCCUGGGCUGCGUCUUGUGCAUUCUCAACAUGCACAAGAAGGUGGACAACUAA